UUCACGGGAAGGAGAAUCGUGAGAGAAAGACAACUUGAACAAGUUUUGUGCUUCUGCUACAGAGAUUUCGCUGCGUCAAUCAGUGUUCUAUCUGCCGGCGUUCUAACCGUACACACAUGCGCAUGAGUUAAGCUUACGAAUAUCUGUUUUUGGCUUCUGUUCGUUAUGGAUCGGGCGGCGUACGUGAGUGCGAUAGUGGUGGGUGCUGGUACGGCAGUUUUCCUCGUUUGGUGGUGGUGGUCGAAACGUCAGCGUGAGCGGCCACCUUUAAAGUGGCGGAAAGUUGGCGAGCUCAGUGAUCUCAUCUGUUUCCCCGUCAAGUCUCUUGGACCAGUAAGGCUAAAUGAGUUUGAAUGUACGCAGUUAGGAUUGAAAUUCGGGUGGAUGAGGGACAGAACACUGAUGGUAAUUGACCUUGAUGGACAAUUCGUUACUGGUAGACAAUAUCCAAGAAUGGUUCAGAUAAUACCAAGUAUGGCCGGUUCAAUUUUAACGCUAAAAGCACCUGGAAUGAUGUCCAUAUCAGUAGAUCUUGCUAGACUGAUGGGCCGUUUUCGGGCAUCAGUUUGGGGACAAGCAGUAGCUGCUUGCGAUUGUGGUGAGGAGGUAGCACGUUGGCUCUCCCGUUUUUUACUUCAGGAGGACAGAGGACUAAGACUUGUAUAUUAUCCUCUAGACAAACCAUCACGGAAAGUGCGUAGCAAGAACGAUGGUUUCCCGCUUACUAUAAGUGAGGACACCGGUGCCUAUCCAGAUGCUACAAGUUAUACACUAGAAAACGAGGCCUCAAUUGCAGAUUUAAAUAGUAGGAUUGAUGAGCCAGUAGUACCACAAAAUUUUAGGUGCAAUUUCGUCGUGAAAGGUGCCGAGCCAUACGAGGAGGAUGCCUGGGAUUGGGUCAAGAUUGGCAACGUGUAUUUCCGCAACGUGAAACCGUGCACAAGGUGCAUUUUUACAACUGUACAACCAGAGACCGGACAGAAAAAUCUCAACUUCGAGCCGCUAAAGACUAUGAGAAAGUACCGAACGAUCACCGAUCCAUUGUAUCGAAAAUACACGGGAGACAGUCCAGUCAUGGGUAUCCAUCUGGGCUUACGAGGUCCUAAAGCUAUUGUACGAUUGGGUGACCCCGUCUAUGUAAGUGUACCCGAUCAAGAGCACCCCGUUCUUAUAUCGCCACCAUAGCAUCAUCGCUGGGGCUCCUGUUAUGAUGAAGACGAUCUUUUCAUAGAUUAACUGAAGUUAUCAACAGAGAAAAAAACCACAAGUGCAUACUAAAAAACAAUUGGACUGUUUAAUUGAAACGAGGGAAGCAGUAACGACGUUAAUCUGUACACAGACAUAUCAACGAACAUGGCUGUUUAAGCAUCUACCUUCGUUGGAACUGUCAAUGUUCUAAUAAAAUUGUAUUUAAAGAUCUUUUUUUAAAUAUUUGUAUAAUUACGUUUUCAUGUAAAAGACUGUACACUUGAGUUUCUUGUGCACUGCGAGCUAAUCAAAAUUUAAGGUAUUUUGAUCUACACGACUGCAGUCGAGUAUACAAUAUGUGAAUAAUAGGUGAUGGAUGAAUGAAUGAAAUGAUAGAAAAUUAACUUUUUUAUUAAAUAUUAUUAUAAAACGUAAUGUAUAGUUUUAAAGCCUUUUUAUAUGAGCACGUGUUAGAUCUGCAAUUCUUAAAAAGUUUUAAUGUAGCUAUUGUUAUCAAAACUCUAAAUUUGCAAUUUCAUUUAAAUUGUAAUCGAUGUCUGAAAGAUUUCUGUACGAAAUACCAUAGCCUUAUCGAAGGUGCCAAACGUUUUUAUACAGUGCACUUACUAACUGCUGGAUGCAUCUUAAUACCAAAUGUAAGAAUCAACUAAUAAAUUACAAUCAAAAUUGUGAUAUAAAUUACAAUUGUGAUAAACAUGAAUUCAUUUGAUAUUUAAUGUGUAAAAUGCCUUGCAUAUAAGAUUAUAUAAAAUCAUCAAUAUUUAAAAUUUGUAUGCGCUAAAAAUACUGUCAAAAGUCGGUUAGUAUGUACUUUAAAAAAAUAUAUAACACGGCUACGGCAGCAACAAGGGAGAAGGUAAUAAGU